AUGCUCCGCUGCUGCGGUCAAGGACUGCUCGUAGCAGCGCUGCUGCUGUGGACAACCGGGCAGUGCCAGCAAAGAGGUUUAUUUCCAUCUAUAUUGAAUCUUGCUGCCAAUGCUGUCAUCAACAGCAAUGCUACCUGUGGUGAUGAUGGUCCAGAAAUGUUCUGCAAGCUUGUGGAACAUGUACCAGGUCAACUCAUCCGCAACGCACAAUGCAGAAUAUGUGACAAGAACAGUUUGAAUCCAAAAGAGCGUCAUCCAAUUUCAAAUGCCAUAGAUGGUACUAAUAAUUGGUGGCAGAGUCCUAGCAUCCAAAAUGGAAGGGAAUUUCAUCGAGUGACGGUGACUCUGGACUUAAGACAGGUAUUUCAAGUAGCAUAUAUCAUCAUCAAAGCUGCUAAUUCUCCUCGUCCAGGGAAUUGGAUUUUGGAACGAUCUAUAGACGGAAUACAUUUCUCUCCAUGGCAGUAUUAUGCAAUUAGUGACACAGAUUGUUUGGUUCAAUACAAUAUAACUCCACGAUUGGGACCUCCUACAUAUAAGAAAGACGAUGAAGUCAUCUGCACUUCGUAUUAUUCUAAAUUGGUGCCUCUUGAACAUGGCGAGAUUCAUACGUCCUUGAUUAAUGGCAGGCCCGGUGCUGAUGAUCUCUCACCCACAUUAUUGAAUUUUACAUCAGCUCGAUUUGUUCGUCUCUCCUUUCAGAAGAUCAGAACUCUUAAUGCUGAUCUUAUGACACUUAGUCGUCGUGAUCCUAAAGAUCUGGAUCCUAUUGUCACAAGGAGAUAUUACUACUCUAUAAAAGAUAUUUCCAUUGGAGGAAUGUGUAUUUGCUAUGGUCAUGCUAAUAGCUGUCCAUUGGAUGCAACUAAAAAGAAGCUAAUAUGUAAGUGUGAACAUAAUACAUGUGGAGACAGCUGUGAUAAAUGUUGCCCAGGCUUUCAUCAGCAGCUUUGGAAACCUGGGACUAUUUCUUCUGGAAACACAUGUGAAGAAUGCAACUGCCAUAAUAAAACCAAAGACUGUUACUAUGAUCAGAGUGUAGCUGAUCAGAAGAAAAGUAUGAAUAUUGCCGGCGAGUUCAAAGGUGGAGGAGUGUGUAUUAAUUGUCAACAAAAUACUGCAGGAAUUAAUUGUGAAACUUGUGCUGAUGGCUACUACAGGCCGCACACAGUUUCUCCUAGAGACGAAUACCCAUGUCGCCCAUGUAAUUGUGAUCCUUGGGGUUCCCUCAGUUCAGUUUGUACUAAGGAAGAUGGCCUCCAGAAUGAUGGGAACUUGGCUGGCCAGUGCCAAUGUAAAGAAGGUUAUAUAGGGCAACAAUGCGAUCGUUGUCAGUUUGGUUACAAAGGCUAUCCUCUAUGUUCUCAAUGUACUUGCAAUGAGGCUGGAAGCGUAAGUGAUUUAUGCGAUGAGCCUUGUCUUUGUAAGGAAAAUGUGGAAGGAGACAGGUGUGAUGUCUGCAAGGCGGGCUCAUUUAAUCUAAACAAAGACAACCCUGAGGGAUGUACGGAAUGCUUUUGUUUCGGCGUUUCUGAUGUAUGUGAUAGCCUUUUCUGGCCUGUGUCCGAGGUGACUGAAAUGCUUGGGUGGUUGGUCACUUUUACACCCAAAACAAAAAAUGCCCCAUCUCAGCAAGACCAUUCAGAUAGACCCGAUCAAUUUAGUACCAACGACAUUGAGAACAUCGAAGUGCCAGAAUCGGAGGAGUAUUACUGGUCAGCUCCACUGGCAUAUCUUGGAAAUAAAUUGACUGCCUUUGGUAGAAACCUAAAAUAUGCUAUGUCUUCUGAUGAUCCAGAGAAAAUUGAGGAUGAUACUCCCUUAGUGUCUCAUGCACAUGUUAUUAUCAAGGGGAAUGGCAUCACUAUAAGUACAAAGACUAAGGGCAUUGUCAAGCUUUUUGAAAAGAACUUAAAUGUAGUGAAACUUGUGCCUGAGAACUUCAGGGAUCACAAUACUAAAAAAGAAAUAGACCGGGACAAGUUAAUGACCGUCUUGGCCAAUGUGACCCAACUUUUGAUCAAGGCUAAUGUUAAUAAAGUAAAGAAGGCACUAAAUAGAUUAAUUUCUGUGACUUUGGAAACUGCAAACCCAAAUGCUAUCAAUCCUGAGCUGGCUAGGGAUGCAGAGCAUUGUGAAUGCCCUCAAGGGUAUACUGGGAUCUCCUGUGAGUCCUGUCUCCCGGGGUAUUACCGGGUAGGUGGAAUACUCUUUGGAGGAAUCUGUCAACCCUGUGAAUGCAACGACCAUGCUUCUGACUGUGAUAUUCAUGGUGCUUGUAUUGAUUGUAAAGAUAACACCACAGGGGAUAACUGUGACCAGUGUUUGCCGGGUUUCUAUGGAAAUCCUUCCCAAGGGACACCAAAAGAUUGCCAGCCCUGUAAAUGCCCCCUGUCAUCUUCUUCCAAUAAUUUCAGCCCAACUUGCAGUUUAAAUAAUGAAAAUGAAGUUAUCUGCGAUAAGUGUCAGAUGGGAUAUACGGGAAAUCAGUGUGAGAGAUGUGCAGAUGGUUACUAUGGAAAUCCAACAGUAUCUGGGGAAUUUUGUAUUCCUUGUGAUUGCAAUGACAAUGUGGAUCCCCUAGAAGCUGAUAACUGUGAUACCUUCACAGGAGAAUGUUUGAAAUGUAUUGGGAAUACAGGGGGUCCUCACUGUGAGUGGUGUGCUGAUGGAUACCAUGGUGAUGCUGUGGUUGCUAAAAAUUGUAGUGUUUGUUCAUGCCAUGAAACUGGAUCUGUUUCCAAUAUUUGCAAUCAUGAGACCGGAGUCUGCAACUGUAAACCAAAUGUUAUUGGACAACAUUGUGAUCAAUGUGCGAACGGUUAUUUUGAUUUGAAGACAGGAGCAGGUUGCCAGCCCUGUAAUUGUCAUAAAUCAGGUUCCGUUUCUGAAAACUGUAAUGAUGAAGGGCAGUGUCAAUGUGUGCCAGGAGUAGCUGGACAAAAAUGUGACCAGUGUGCUCGUGGCUUUUAUGAGUAUCAAGAUGGCAGCUGCACACCUUGUGAUUGUGAGCAUACACAGAAUUCUUGUGACUCAAAAUCUGGAGAAUGUAUCUGCCCUCCUAAUACUAAAGGAUUCCAGUGUGAAGACUGUGAGGAUGAGCACUGGGGACGUGAUCCUGAUGUGGGAUGCAAGCCUUGCAAUUGCAGUAAUGAAGGAUCAACCAGUCGCCAAUGUGAUUUGGAAAGUGGCCAAUGUCUCUGUAAAAAAGAAUAUACAGGGAAGAAAUGCAAUGAGUGUGCUUUUGGAUUCCGAGACUAUCCAGAUUGUGUACCCUGUAACUGUGAAGCUAGUGGGACAAGAGAAGAUACGUGUGAUGGUGAAGUUUGUAGCUGUGAAAAAAGAACAGGCAUUUGUACUUGCAAGGAAAAUGUGUUUGGUCUUCACUGUAGUGAAUGUAAGAUGGGAACUUUUGCACUCCAUGAUGAGAAUCCUUUGGGGUGUUCUCCUUGUUUCUGUUUUGGGAUGACACGCUUCUGCUCAGAAUUAGAAGGAUAUAUUAGAAUCCCUAUAACCAUCAUUGAUGAGGAGAAAAUUUUGCGUGUAGUUUCCCAAGAUACUCUCGAGGGCACAACAGAAGGGGUGUAUUACCAGUCCCCUGAUGUUGUAUUGGAUGUCUUCACUGUCAGAGAGUAUAUAAAAGCAGAAACUUUGUAUUGGGAACUCCCUGAUGAAUUUUUGGGAGACCAGCUUAUGGCAUAUGGUGGGAAACUGAAGUACAUAGUAACUUUUUAUUCAUUAAAUGGCACUGGAUCUUCUAACUGGGAGCCACAGAUUAUCAUAAAGGGCGGCCACACCAAUAAAUUCACCAUUUAUGCAAAUAUCACUACUCCAAAAAAUGGAGUGAGGACAUAUCAUGAAGUCGACAUGAUAGAGAAUUAUUGGAAAUAUUUUAACUCAGCAUCUGAAAAGUAUGUUAUUCGUUCACACUUCAUGUUAGUUCUUAGCAACAUUGACUACAUUCUUAUCAAGGCCUCACACGGCCAAGCGCUAUUACAAAGCAGAAUUGCAAACAUCUCACUGGAAAUUGGAAUAAAGGCUGAGGAAGGGAAGUACUACUCCGAAGAAGAAAUUGCAUACUACUUAGAAAAUUGUCAAUGCCCCCCUGGAACAGCCGGAUUCUCAUGCCAGGAUUGCGCAUCUGGGUACUAUAGAGCAAAAUUUCUAAAAGUCAGUGGUGACGACCCCCUUCCUCUGGUGGCAUCAUGCGUGCCCUGUGAAUGCAACAAUCACUCUGAAACCUGCCAUCCAGAGACAGGGCAGUGCCUGAAUUGCCGAGAUAAUACAGCAGGCAAUCAUUGCGACAUAUGUGCUCCAGGGUACUAUGGGAAAGUACGUGGUUCUGCCAAUGAUUGCUCAGUUUGUGAAUGCCCCAGAUCUGAUGCCAGUUUUAGUCCAACUUGUCAUCUGGUUGAUGAGAAUGAUUUCCGUUGUGAUGCCUGCUCUCCAGGCUAUGAAGGACCAUAUUGUGAAAAGUGUGGUUCUGGCUAUUAUGGAAAUCCUUUCAUGAUAGGUGGUAGCUGCCAGGCGUGUGACUGUGAUCCAAAUGGUUCCGUUCACAAUUUAUGUAACACCACAUCUGGGCAGUGCAUCUGUAAGCCAGAGUUCUCGGGCCUUGCCUGUGACAAAUGUAAACAAAGACACGUCCUGGUGGAUCUCCAAUGUGUUUCUUGUGAUGAUGAAUGUGUAGGUGAAUUGUUAAAUGUAUUGGAUAAUGUCACCGAUGCCAUUUCCCAUAUGAAUUUCACUGGCAUCAUUCAAGUUCCAUAUGAAAUUUUAUACAACCUGGAGAACACAACUAGAAAUCUCAGGUUAUCAAUAAGAAAUAAUAAAAAACUGGUUUCACUAGAAAGAGCAAACAAACAAGUUGAAGAUAUGUCAGAAGAUUUACAUCACUUUGAGAAAGAGCUCACUGAAAUAGUAGAGAGCAGCCAGUAUUUGAAUGGCGUCGCUGAAGACAUAAUAAACAAGACUCAAGAUUUAGCCACACUUAUUCAGAGAGUGAAAACUACUAUAAAUGUUAUUGUUGAAGAAGCACAAGUCCUAAAUGAGACCAAUAGUAUACAGCUGCCUGAUGCUACUCUGCAGAAUAUGCAUGAAGACAUUGCAUCCAUGCUGGAAACUGUACAGAAAAGGAAUCUCACUCAAUUAUACCAAAAUGCUACUAAUGAGCUCAAAGCUUCCAAGAAUUUAUUGUCACUAAUUCAGAAGGAUUUCCAGAAACCACUGCAAUAUCUAGAGAAUCUAAAAGAGAAAACAAAUAAACACUUUGCAGACUAUAUCAAUAAGCUAAAGGAAGCACAAGCUUUUGUUGAUGAUGCAAAUGCCAAAACCAAAGAGGCCAACAGUCUUUUGCAAAUUAGCGCAAUUAAUUUAGAAAAAGUAAAUGAAAAAAAACUGCAUGUUUUGGAAAAACUAAAUUCAUCACUUGUCUUCAUUGAGAAGGGGAAAAAACUGUUGGCAUUAAUCGCUGAUUUUGCAAAAGAUGCUAAAAAUACUACUGAAAUGCUGGAGCUUCAACAAGAUGAACUGGUGUUCUGGAGUGCCAAAAUCAGACACCAUGUAGACGAAUUAGUCAUGCAGAUGGCCAGAAGAGGAGCCCUUGAUCUUGUCUAUAGGGCAGAGGAUCACGCUGCUGAGCUAAUAAGACUGGCAGAUGUGCUAGACAGGGGUCUCACAGAUGUAAAAGAUAUUUCUCUUAAUGCGACAACUGCUGUCCAUGCCCAUUCCAGCAUCCAAAGCUUUAUUGAAGAUGCAAAGAACUUGGUGGAGGAAGCUCUAAGGAAAACAGAAAUUACAAAUUUGACAGUGGAACCCCUUGUUUCUCAUGGGAAAAUAGCUCUCCAGCGUGGCACAAAAUUUCUAAAAGAGGCCCAUAAUCUGGAUGGAAGAACUAAAGGUGCUAUGACCAAAGUAAAUGAACUGAAGAUGAAGGUAAACAUAUUUCAGGAUCGUACUCAUAAACUUACCAAGCAACUUAAUGAUUCACUGGUGAUGCUUGGAGUGAUGAUGCCUGAUGGUACCUGGGAUGCAGGACUGAAAACCAAAGAGUUGGCUAGAGUUGCUAAUGUAAGCGCCUUGAGCAUCUUAAGCGACGUUGUGGAUUUCAGUCAGAAGCUACUCCAUACAUCAUCUGAAUUGUCCAGGGUUAAUGAGACAUUGAGAAAAACUACUCAUACUUUAAGUGACUCAUCAAAGACUACUUCAUUGGUUGAAAAGAAAAUAAAAGAAGUGAAAACACAAACCAGUCUUUUAUUUGAUCGUUUGAAGCCUUUGAAAAAGCUGGAGGAGAAUUUAAACAGAAACCUCUCCGAAAUUAAAGAACUGAUCAAUCAAGCCCGAAAACAGGCAGCAUCUAUUAAAGUGGCUGUAUCUGCAGAUCGAGACUGUAUUCGUGCCUACCGGCCUCAAAUAUCUUCUACAAACUACAACACCUUAAUGUUAAAUGUUAAAACCACCGAACCUGAUAACCUCCUGUUCUACCUGGGUAGCAGUGCCAGUUCUGACUUCCUUGCUGUGGAGAUGCGGCACGGGAAGGUGGCCUUCCUUUGGGAUGUAGGUUCUGGUACGUCAAGAUUGGAAUUUUCAGACUUCACAAUAGACAACAAUAAAUGGCACCAAAUAUAUAUAACCAGAUUUGGAAACACUGGCUCAUUGAGUAUAAAGGAAGUGAGCUCUACCCAAAAGUCGUUAACCAAAACUGCCAAAUCCCCUGGGACAGCUAAUGUGCUUGAUGUAAAUGAGUCGACUAUAAUGUUUGUUGGUGGCCUUGGAGGGCAAAUAAAGAAGUCGUCUGCUGUGAAAGUGACUCAUUUUAAAGGAUGUAUGGGAGAGGCAUUUUUGAAUGGAAAAUCUAUCGGUUUGUGGAACUAUAUUGAAAGAGAGGGAAAAUGUGAUGGCUGUUUUGGAAGUUCACAGAAUGAAGAUUCUUCGUUUUACUUUGAUGGUAGUGGAUAUUCGAUUGUGGAAAAGACACUCCGGUCCACUGUGACACAGAUAAUAAUGCUUUUUAGCUCCUUUUCACCCAACAGCCUUUUGCUGUAUCUUACUUCUAAUGACACAAGAGAUUUCCUCUCUAUUGAGCUGGUCGAUGGCAGAAUUAAACUAACUGUUGAUCUUGGUUCAGGCCCUCUAGUUCUAAUUACAGACAGACGUUACAAUAAUGGAAUCUGGUACAAGAUUUCAUUCCAACGUAACAGAAAACAAGGACUCUUAAUAGUUAAUGAUGCAUAUAACACCACUUCAAAAGAAACAAAGCAAGGGGAAUCUCCUGGAGGAUCAUCUGACUUGAAUCGUUUGAAUAAGGAUCCAAUUUAUGUUGGCGGAUUGCCCAGAACAAAAGUUCUAAGGAAAGGAAUUACUAGCAGAUCAUAUGUAGGCUGUAUUAAAAGUCUGGAAAUUUCCAGGACUACUUUUGACUUACUCAGAAAUUCUUAUGGAGUGAGAAAAGGAUGCUCACUGGAGCCCAUCCGAAGUGCAAGUAUCUUCAAUGAAGGCUACAUAGAAUUGCCACCCAAGCCUUUGUUGACAGAAUCUGAGUUGAUGAUAACAUUUGCCACUAAGAACAAUAGUGGUAUCAUCCUAUCUGGCCUUAACACAGGAAAAGAGAAGAGAAGUCGUCGACAGGCAAAUGUGCCCUUCUUCUCUAUCAUGCUGAUUGAUGGUGAUCUUGAAAUAUAUAUUAAUCCUGGGGAUGGAAUGAGCACUCGAAAAGCCACCCUCAGUUCUACUACAGGAACAUACAGUGAUGGGCAAGAACAUUCCGUUGUUUUAAUCAGGAAUAAAAGAACCAUCACAGUACAAGUAGAUGAAGCCAAUCAAACAGAAAUGAGAUUUGGGGCAUUGGCGGAAACCAAGAUCAUAAAUGUAUCCCACCUAUACAUAGGUGGAAUCCCAGAAGACGAAGUCAUUUACGCUUUAAGAAUCAGGAAAUCUUUUUACGGCUGUAUAAAAAACUUAAUCUUCAAUAUGGAGCUUUUAGAUUUUAGUACUGCAGUGCGGUAUGAGCAAGUGGACAUGGACAGCUGCCUGCUUUCAGAAAGGCUUCAACCCCUUAUCCACGGAGAGGAGGUGGAACGCCAGCCAGAGGCUCACCCAUUAUUAAGUCUUGAGCAAUGUGUGGUAGAUAGAGAGCCAGACUAUGUCCCCAAUGCCCAUCAGUUUGGCCUGGCCUCAGGCAGUCACCUAAUUUUGCCUUUCAACCAGUUUGCUGUUAGAAAGAGGCUUUCAGUGCAGCUUUCUAUCAGAACCUUUGCCCGCAGUGGUCUGAUUUACUAUAUGGCUCAUCAGAACCAAAUUGAUUAUGCAACCCUUCAGCUCCAUGAGGGACAGGCGUACUUCAUGUUUGACCUUGGGAAGGGGAGAGCCAAAGCCUCCCAUCCUGCUUUUCUCAGUGAUGGAAAAUGGCACACAGUGAAAACUGAAUACGUGAAAAGAAAGGGCUUCAUCACUAUUGAUGGACAAGAGUCGGCAAUGGUUUCAACCAUAGGAGAUGGUAACACCUUAGAUGUGGAAGGAAAAUUUUACCUUGGAGGCCUUCCAUUAAAUUAUAAAGCCAAGAAUAUUGGAAAUAUUACCCAUGGCAUCCCUGCCUGCAUUGGAGAGGUAAUGAUUAACAGCAAACAACUUGACAUGAACAACUCAAUUUCUGCCUUUUCUUUAAAAAAAUGCUAUACGAUGACACAGGAAGGAACUUUCUUUGAUGGGACUGGAUUUGUUGCCCUGGUCAAAGAGGGUUACAAAGUUCGAUCAGAUGUCAUUAUUACACUAGAGUUUCGUACCUCUGAAAUGAAUGGUGUGCUCCUAGGAAUUAGCAGUGCCAAGGUGGACGCUAUCGGAAUAGAAAUAAUAAAUGGCAAAGUUUUAUUUCAUGUCAACAAUGGAGCUGGUAGAAUUACAGCUGUGUAUGAACCCAAAUCUACAAAUAGUCUUUGUGAUGGAAAGUGGCACAAGCUUCAAGCUCACAAGAGUAAACAUCGAAUCAUUUUAAUUGUUGAUGGAAAAUCCAGUUCCGCAGAAAGCCCACACACUCAGUCCACAUCUGCAGACACCAACAAUCCCAUCUAUGUUGGGGGAUACCCUGCUGAUGUAAAGCAAAAUUGUCUGAGCAGCCGGACCCCCUUCCGGGGCUGCAUGAGAAAACUCACCUUGACUAAAACUCAGCAAGUGGAAUCCUUUGAUUUCAGCAAAGGCUUUGACCUCCAAGGAGUUUUUCCUCAUUCUUGUCCUGGGAAUGAGAACUAAUUUCCCAGAAAAAUAGCAGUUGAGAAGAGAAAUAUAAUUGUUAUCUAGAGGACUUUUAUUUUCCAACUUGGGCCAGAAAUUUUUAUGAAAAAAUUCCUUAUUUGUGCUUAAAUAAAACC